GACUUUCACAUUACAUAAACAAAAAUGUCUUCAACAAAGGGAGUGUCAAUCGGCAUUGAUCUGGGCACCACCUACUCCUGCGUGGGGGUAUUCCAGCAUGGUAAAGUGGAGAUCGUCGCCAACGACCAGGGAAACAGGACCACCCCCAGCUAUGUGGCCUUCACCGACACAGAGAGACUCAUCGGGGACGCCGCCAAGAACCAGGUGGCCAUGAACCCAACCAACACCAUCUUUGAUGCCAAGCGCCUGAUUGGCAGGAAGUUUGAGGACCAGAUUGUGCAGUCAGACAUUAAGCUGUGGCCCUUCAAGGUUAUCAACGACGGCGGGAAACCAAAAGUCCAAGUGGAGUAUAAGGGAGAGACCAAAGCCUUCUACCCUGAAGAGAUCUCCUCGAUGGUCCUGGUCAAGAUGAAGGAGAUAGCUGAGGCCUACCUGGGCCAGAGGAUCUCCAAUGCAGUCAUCACUGUCCCAGCAUACUUCAACGACUCUCAGAGGCAGGCCACUAAAGAUGCUGGCGUGAUAUCUGGACUGAACGUCCUUAGGAUCAUCAACGAGCCCACGGCGGCUGCCAUCGCUUAUGGGCUGGAUAAGGGAAAGAGAGGGGAGCGCAACAUCCUGAUCUUUGAUCUGGGCGGUGGAACCUUCGAUGUCUCCAUUCUGACCAUCGAUGAUGGGAUCUUUGAGGUGAAGGCCACCGCUGGGGACACACACCUCGGAGGGGAGGACUUUGACAACCGCAUGGUGAAUCAUUUUGUGGAGGAAUUCAAGAGAAAGAACAAGAAGGACAUCAGCCAGAACAAGAGAGCGGUGAGGAGGCUGAGGACCGCUUGUGAGAGGGCCAAGAGAACCUUGUCUUCCAGCUCCCAGGCCAGCGUUGAGAUUGACUCUCUGUUCGAAGGCAUCGACUUCUACACCUCCAUCACUAGGGCUCGCUUUGAGGAGCUCAACUCAGAUCUCUUCCGUGGAACCCUGGAGCCAGUUGAGAAAGCUCUACAAGAUGCCAAGAUGGACAAAGGCCAGGUUCAUGAGAUCGUCCUGGUCGGGGGCUCCACUCGUAUUCCCAAGAUUCAGAAACUGCUUCAGGACUUAUUCAAUGGCAGAGACCUCAACAAGAGCAUCAACCCAGAUGAAGCGGUGGCUUACGGCGCGGCGGUUCAGGCGGCCAUCUUGAUAGGCGACUCCUCCGACAACGUCCAGGACUUACUGCUCCUCGAUGUGGCUCCUCUGUCCCUGGGCAUUGAGACGGCCGGAGGGGUCAUGACCCCCCUAAUUAAACGCAACACCACCAUUCCAACCAAGCAGACCCAGACCUUCUCCACCUACGCCGACAACCAGCCGGGUGUACUAAUCCAGGUAUUUGAGGGAGAGAGAGCCAUGACCAAAGACAACAACCUCCUGGGAAAGUUCGAUCUCACUGGAAUACCCGCCGCCCCGAGGGGCGUCCCCCAGAUUGAGGUGACCUUUGACAUCGAUGCUAACGGCAUCCUGAACGUGUCAGCAGUGGAUAAAAGUACUGGCAAGGAGAACAAGAUCACCAUCACCAAUGACAAGGGCCGACUAAGCAAGGAGGAAAUCGAGAGGAUGGUCCAGGACGCAGACAAAUACAAAGCAGAAGAUGAUGCACAGAGGGAGAAGAUCACAGCCAAGAAUGCGUUGGAGUCAUACGCAUUCAACAUGAAGAGUAGUGUAGAUGAUCCAAAUCUAGCAGGGAAGAUCAGCAAGGACGAUAAGAAGAAAGUUGUUGACAAGUGCAACCAAACUAUCUCCUGGUUGGAGAAUAAUCAGAUGGCUGAGAAGGAAGAGUUUGAAUACCAGCAGAAGGAACUGGAGAAAAUAUGCAACCCAAUCAUAUCCAAGCUCUACCAGGGGGCUGGAGGUGCUCCUCCAACGGGAAGCUGCGGAAGCCAGGCUGGGGGUGGGUCUAGUUCACAAGGCCCUACCAUUGAAGAGGUGGACUGAACAAAAGCCUUCAAGGAAAGCCUGAGUGUAAAAGAACUAUGCAUAGAGGGAAUGACACCUCUGUGGAUCGGUCACAUUAAGGCAUCUGUAAGCUUAUAUCUCCAUCUCUAGGAAAACAUUAUUCUACUUUCAUGAACCAGUAGCAUUAAUACAUUGAGGGAGGCCAAUGGAGACUACCCAUGAGCUGGUAUGCACAUUGACAUUAUGCAUAGUUCUGAAUACAUAUAAAACCAAGCUUUGCUGGUACCUGCAUCAAAGGAAUGAUUUCUCACAAGUAUAAAUGACUGAUCCUUCCUGAUGACUUGGAUGAAAUAUUGUGAUCCACAUCCAGCUGAUAGGAAGUGUAACCCAUUCUCAUACACUUAAAAUGUUGUACACCCUCAGCCGCAAAGUCAAUGCCAAAUAUAUAUUAUUUUUUUUAAGUUUAGUGGCUUUUUUCAUUCUUCAUGAUUUUAUGUGAUCUUGCUAUCUGUACAAGUGCACUUUAAUGUUUUGUGUCAGAAGCUUAACAGCAAACCUCAUGGAAAUA